AUGCAAAUCGUCACGAAAUUGGACAAGCUGUUUCCAGGUUGGUCGGUUAGGGCACUAUUCUCGGCAUAUGAUUUCUUUGAUUUGAAAUUUAUUAUCCAAUUAAGAAGCAUAGAUAAACAGAAAAAAAUACACUUGAGAGUACAUUUAAAUUGUUUUCAAUAAACUUUUGGAUAGAGUCUUUUCAAAGAAAUUCCACUUUGCUCUUUUCUUGCUUUCUUGUCCUUUUCUUCUUUUUGGUUUUCGUCUCGUUUAACUUCCCUUGAUUUAUUUUUGCUGCCGUAAUUUUGUCUUUAUUCAGUACGUCAGAGUUCAACAAUUACGAUUGUUGGUCGACUUAAAGACGGCACAAUUUAAGAGAAAUUUUUUAUCAAACUACUCAGUGUAGUCAUGGCUACACUGAGUAGUUUUCGCUUCGAACUUUGCUAAAUUUCUCUUAUUUUUUAUCUCCCACAGGAGCCUUUGGAGCUUCAUUGAAAAGCAGCGUGGCUAGUGAGAUUAAGAACAAAAAACUCGACACCAUCAAAGAUUGUAAAGCUGGUAUUGAGUUUCACGUAAUGCCAGCCGAAAGCCACACUCCAAACAACAGUACUCGUCGCACUAAGCGAAGCGUACGCUCUGCAAGUUGUUGCUGCUGCGUUUGUGGGAUGGUGUCACAGCAAUUGCAUUGA